UUUAACCAUAAGUAAUAAAUGGGCAGAAAUUGUUCGAUGUUAUGGAUUGACACAAGAUAUAUCAAAUGGAAAUUAUAUGCUUGUAAUAGCGAAAAGGGAUAUAGAUUUAAGAAAAUAUUUACAGCAAAAUCAUAAUCAACUUACAUGGAAAGAUAGAAUUAGGAUUGCUGAUGAAAUAAUUCUUGCACUUUAUCAUAUUCAUAGUGAAAAUGCAAUUCAUAGAGAUUUGCAUUCUGGAAACAUAUUAUAUUCACAAUUAAAUGAUGCUUGGGACAUUAGUGAUCUAGGAUUUUGUGGACCUGCUAAUAAAUCAUCAACAAGUAUAUAUGGAAAUCUUCCUUAUAUAGCACCCGAAUUUAUUGUUGGAAGGGAAUGUACUUUUGCAUCUGAUAUUUAUAGUAUUGCAAUACUUAUGUGGGAAAUUUCAUCUGGACAACCACCAUUUAUAAAUUAUGAACAUGAUUAUGAUCUUGCAAUUAACAUUAUUAAUGGUAUAAGGCCAAAAAUUGUGUCAGGAACUCCAUUAGAAUAUAAAAAUUUAAUGGUACAAUGUUGGGAUGCUGAUCCAUUAAAAAGGCCUGAUAUUUAUACAUUUGAGAAAAAAAUGCAAAGAUUUAAUAUAGAUUGUCAAAAUAUGUCAGAUGAAUUUUUCCAAUCAAAAAUAGAUAAUUUAGAAAUGAAUAAAUUAUACCUAAGGUUUAGGGGUAUUUCGAAAAAGAGGAGGAGUAAUAGCAUAGACGUAAUGAAUCCCAGAAUGUGUCCCGAAUUUCAUAAAAAUUUGUUCUUGGCGAAAGUGAUCGGUGUGAACAAUUGUUCACGUGCACGUGAUUUUUAUUUUUCUUGGUAA